AUGGCCUCAGUCAACCCAGCCGCGGGCGAGAAGCCGAAGAUAGUCCUUCAUUGGCUCGAAGUGUCUCGUUCACAUCGCAUUCUUUGGUUUUUCGAAGAGAUCGGACUCACAUAUGAGCUCAAAACAUACAAGCGGACCGCGGAGGCCCUUGCACCCCCAGAGUUGAAAGAUGUUGAUCCUCUGGGCAAAUCUCCGGUCGUCGAGAUCUUUCCGCAUGGUGCAACCAAACCAAUUGUUCUUGCAGAGUCCGCAGCAAUAGUCGAGUACUUUUGCGACUAUUACGGAAGCUGGCUGGUCCCUCGACGAUAUCCUGAAGGUAAAGAUGGCCAAAUCGGCGGUGAGACUGAAGCCUGGCUACGGCACAGAAGGUUCAUGCAUUAUGCUGAGGGUAGUAUCAUGCCGCUGAUGUUAUUGGGUGUGAUCGUCAAUAGGAUUCGAAAUUCCCCCGCUCCAUUCUUCAUCAAGCCCAUUAUCGCGGGUGUUGCAAACAAGAUUGAAUCCUCCUUCUUACAACGCAAUUUCAAGACUCAUUAUGAUUUUCUUGAACAGCAAUUAGCCACUGCCCCAGAUGGCGGAAAUUUUCUUUGUGGAAAAGAUUUGACUGCCGCGGACAUAAUGAUGUCCUUCCCUUUGGAGGCUGGUGAGAGCCGUUCCGGACUGACCAAAGAGCAGUACCCAAGGGUCUGGGCAUACGUGGCUAGGCUCCAUGAAAGAGAGGCCUACAAGCGUGCGGUGGCAAGCAUUGUUGAGCGUGAAGGAGAAUUCAAAACAACUCUCUGAUGCCCAAAAGAUCCACACAACCUAAUGUUAUUGUUCUGGCUUGAUUAUGUCUAUUUUGGAAUGCAGGGCGCCUAUCGAUCG